AUGACCUCGCUUGCACGAAACUCGUCCGGGGGACCAGGCUGCGGUAGUCCAAACAAAAAUAACUUUGGUAUACGGAACCCCACGAAGAUGCACUUCCAACCAUCUUCCGUGCCCAACGGGCCACGAUCUUACCAGAACAAUGGAGGUGCUCGGAACAACCGAGGCAACUACAACCACAAUGGCAAUGCCAACUCCAACAACCAAUGGAGCCCUCGCAAUGCCAAUGCCAAUGGCAAUGGCCCAUCUCCUGUGCCCAAUGGGCCACGAGCUUACCAGAACAACGGAGGUUCUUGGAACAACCGAGGCAAUAACAAUUACAACGGCAACGCCAACAACCAAUGGAGCUCUCGCAAUGGCAACCCUCGCAAUGGCAAUCCCAAUGGCACCCACGAUUACAACAACCAGCGAGACACCUCUCGCGACGGGUUCGGCAACGAGAACAACCAGCGGAGCUCCAACUACAAGGGAAAGAACUUCAACCCCAACUACAAGGGGAAGAAUUACAACCCGAGCUUCUCUCGUCCUGCCCAGGCAAAUGUUGGCCAGGCUCGAAAUGGCAAUCGGAGACGUCUAGCCUACCGCAACCAGAACGAAAAUUACAACCUCGACAUUCACCCAUCAAACAUUGAUGUUCAGAUGGACGAUGCACCAUCCGAUGAACCAAAUGACAUCGAGAUGCCCGACGCUCCAGCUCUUCCCGAUCCAGUGCUCCCUGAUCCAGUGAGUUAUCUCUGGGAAGCGGCACAUGGGCUGCAACAUGCACUAACUUCUUUACAGAGAAUCAAAGCCCUCGCUCUGGGUGCUGUUGCAAUCAAGGAAAUGGCCGAGAGCAUGCUCAGACUAGCUAGCGAAUUGGAUCCUAGCUUCGUCCCCAACUGA